AUGUCAUUUUUUAAAUCGUUCCUGAAAUAUACGCCAUUAAGUCAGAACCCUACUAGUGACGGUGCUCCUUUGCCCCCUCCAGCUACCCAACCCGAUUCUUCCAAUUCGUUUCAAACUAGACUUCAAAAACUAAAUCCAUUUCGCAGUCAGUCAGUGUAUUUGGAGGAUGAUGACAAUUACGUGACCUCAGAACCUGGGAUGUUUGAACUAUCUCGAUGGGACAGGAUGCUUGUAUUCGCAUUGUGUUUUGCUGGUGCACUUUGCUGUUGGCUUAUUUGUAUCUUUUUGUUUCCGGUUUUGAGUUUAAAACCACGAAAGUUUGCUUUGCUUUGGUCCUUGGGCCUGAUCUUCUUUCUCAUCAGUUUCGGUGUAUUACAAGGAGCACAGGCUUAUUUGGUACAUUUGUUUUCAUCGGCAAGAAUCAUUUUUACCAUAGUCUUUGGUGCUAGUAUAAUCUUGACGUUGAUUAGCAGUUUGAGCUUGAAGAGUACUUUAUUAUCAAUUAUUUUUGCCGCAAUUCAAUUAGUGGCGGCGUUGUGGUACACAGUGAGCUACUUUCCAUUGGGAAGACAAACCCUUAACCUUGCAGGGGGUGUUGCUAGGGGACAAGUAGAAAAUUGGAUUAAUUCAUAG